CCGGCGCUGCGGGGCGGGAGGGGCGCGGGAGGAGCGGGGCGGCCGCCUCACCCCCCCUGCCCGAGCCGGCCAUGGAUUUCCACAAUAUUCUCGUCAUGGCCUCGGAGCAGCAGGGGCUGAACUCGGUGCCGAAAAGGUACAGUUUGGCUGUUGGUCCUCCCAAAAAGGUUCCAAAAGUCAAGGGUGUAGAGUCUGCAGCAGUGCAAGCAUUUCUUAGGCGGCAAGAAGAAGAAAAAAGAAAAAAAGCACUGGAAGAAAGAAGAAAGAAAGAAGAACUCUUGGCUAAACGUAUUGAACUGAAACAUGAUAGAAAGGCAAGAGCUAUGGCCUCACGAACAAAGGAUAAUUUUUAUGGGUAUAAUGGCAUUCCUGUUGAAGAGAAGCCUAAAAAGAGGAGGACUUGUGAGAAUGUUGCUCAGGCCCCCGAGACUGAGUAUGCAACAGAAGAUGAAACUGAGCAACUCGAAUACAGUCAGACUGAAUCUGAGCAUGAGCAAGAAGAAUAUGAAGAGAAACCAUCCAAAUUUGCAGUGAAACCAAAGGCGCCUCCCAAAAGUGCACCAACACCUCUGAACUUCGCAGAUCUCUUAAGGCUUGCUGAAAAAAAACAGUAUGAACCAGUAGAAAUAAAAGUAGUGAAAAAGGUAGAAGAGAGACCCAGGACAGCAGAAGAAUUAAGAGAGAGGGAGUAUUUGGGACGCAAAAACAAAAGAGUAGAAAUGCAGAAGAAAAGUGAGAAGGAGAUUAGAAAUACAGGAAUAUCCAGUUCUUCAAAAAAAGUAAUUUCUCAGAAAGAUUCUGUAAAUGCAAAACUUAAAAAAAGCUCAGUAGAUAAACAUUCCACACCAAAAGGCAGUCUGUCAUCUUCUGUGAGUGGUACUGAGAAGAAAUUCAAAGCACCAGCAUUGACUGAAAAACACUCACGGUCAUCAUCUUCCUCCAGAUUUGAGCAAAUGGAGAAAAACUCACAAAAUGGCUCUUUAAAAAGCUCUACUGGUAGCAGUCAUACUAAAGUACCUGUCAAUGGUAUUGGAAAGUCUGGCUCAAGCUCUCAUGUGCCACCCUCGAAACCAGCAGCCAAUGGGGCUCAGAGGCUACCAUCUGCUAAAGAAUCUAGCCUGAAAAAGGCUGUCCAUACAAAAUCAGGAAAUGCUGCAGCCCUUCAGCAUGGAAUGAGCUCCAAUGCAAAACGAUCAGGCAGCAGCUUAGGAAAAGGAGGACCUGGACAUCCAGCUGGUGGUCCAAGUGCAGGACCUGGGCGAUCAAGCAGCAAUUCUGGUGUAGGUCCUGGAAGGCCAGGAAGUGGUUUAAGCCCAGGCCCCGGGCGACUGGGCAGUGGCUCAGGCACAGGACCUGGAAGGCCAAGCAGCAGCUCAAGCCUAGGACCUGGGCGACUGGGGAGUGGCUCAGGCAUGGGACCUGGAAGGCCAGCUGGCAGCUCAAGCACAGGACCUGGACGACCUGGCAGCAGCUUGGGCACUGGACCAGGAAGGCCAGGCAUCAGCACAAACGCAGGACCUGGGCGACCAGGCAGCAGCGAGGGUACAGGACCAGGAAGACCAGGAGUUAGACCAAGUACUGGACCUGGGCGACCGAGCAGCAGCUUGGGAACAGGACCAGGAAGGCCAGGAAUCAGUCCAAGCCCAGCGGCCAGGCGACCGGGCAGCAGCUUGGGAACAGGACCAGGAAGGCCAGGCAUCAGCCCAAGUGCUGGACUGGGGCGACCAGGCAGUGGCUUGGGUCCAGCUGUAAAACCGAAGUGUACUGUGGUGUCAGAAACUAUUUCUUCUAAAAACCUAGUCACGAGACCUAGCAAUGGACAGAUAAAUGGAGCGAGAUCUUUUCAAGGGCAUAGACCUGUGUUACAUCCACAAGGUCUCGGAAGACCACCUAUUGGUUACAAGAGACAAAUAGAAGAUGAUGAUGAUGAUGAAUAUGACUCUGAAAUGGAUGACUUCAUUGAAGAUGAAGGGGAACCCCAAGAAGAAAUAUCAAAACAUAUUCGGGAAAUAUUUGGCUAUGACCGGAAAAGAUACAAAGAUGAAAGUGAUUAUGCCUUACGUUAUAUGGAGAGCAGCUGGAGAGAGCAACAGAAAGAAGAAGCUAGGAGCUUGAGACUUGGUGUUCAGGAGGACUUGGAAGAAUUGAGAAGGGAAGAAGAAGAAUUAAAACGCAAGAGACAGUCUAAGAAGCUGAGGACACGUUAACUGACUUCUGGUCUUGACUUUUUCCGUGUUCCUGCUACCCUCUGCCUCCAUACAUCUCUUAUUCUACUUCAGUUUCCAUUUGCUUGUUAGAGGGCAAAAGAAUAUUUAAAGGGAUUAAAGUACUGAAAGCAAGGCUUUAGUUGGACCUAAAUAAGAUAUUUAUUUUUAAUACUUGCCAGGGUUGGUUUUUUAUGAAGAAAUUAAUGCACUAAUGCAUAUUAAGUGGAAUAAAUUUAAUAGAUGAUUCCAUUGAUUAAAUCAGUUCAAGAUGCCAGCAGAAAUAUUGACUAGCUAUGCACUGACUUGGAACUGUGUGGGCCCAUGUACCAAGAAACUAAUGUUGCAUUUGCUUGGAAGAAAGGAAUAGCAUUCUUGUUUCCUGAUUUCUUGAGACUUGGAGAAAUUGCUUUAUGUCCUACUCUGUCGCCCAACUUGAGCCUCAAAGUAUUGAAAUGUCAUCUGCUAUACAGAAGCAGCUGGGGUGUAAAUUCAGCUGUUGCCACAGAUGUUCAAAGCAAUAAAGUGCUGCCUAUUUUCUGAUUUGAGGACCCAUCAAAAUAAUCUGAACCUCUUUCUUUCUAAAUAGAAAAGUGCAUGUCCUUUGCAAAUUGUACAGUUAUAGAUAUGGGCAAAUGAUUGUUGGCUUUCGCUGUGUCUGGAAUGCCAGUCUAAUUCAGUAUGAUAAAUACACACCCUGAAAACAAAUUUCUGGUGUUUGUAUGUAACUUGUGCUUUUGGGCUCAAGUGUAUGCUUGGGAAUUCUUUUCCUGCCCUGUACAUCUUCACAUUUAACAGCUGCUGCUGCUUUUACAAAUUGUGUACGAUGCACAUGUUUUUUCUUGCAUUAAACAUCCGAUGUGUUAAAUGAUUUAAAACGUGAAGCAGUCAUUUAUCUAAUUAGGUUUACUAUUUAGAAAGCACAUCAGAAUUAAGUUUUGUUAGAAUGUAUUUGCAGCUUUUCAAUUUUAACAACUUCGUGUUAACUAGUUAAUGCUUGUGAUUAGUUUUAUCAAACCAAAAAGCUAAAUUUAUACAUACAGCUGGAGAGUUAGUUCAGUUACUUACCUUAAUGCCCAUAUUUGCACAGUAUUUCUAACUAUGCACUUGAAGACUGUUUCUGUCAGUAACUGAAUUUGUUUACAAUCAGCACAGGGCUCAUGUAAGUCUAUAGUAGUUGUACUGAGAGUCUGAAGCUCAAAUCUGGUGUUGCAUCUACUUUGAUUCCUCCAACUUGCUCUUCAAAACUUGCCAGUAUCACCACUCAGCUUUGCCUCAAGCUCCAGUACUCCACUGAUGGUACUUCUGGCUUCAGCUCCUGAGGCUGUUAUAUUUUAAUGAUAGAAGUACUUGGAAAAGUACAAAAAGGGCAUUGGGUGUUUUGGGGGGUGGGGGUUGGGAGAGGAAAUAGUAAAGGAAUAAAAAGGAAAAAAUACAUUGUAGAAAAAUGACAAAGGAGCCUUUCCUAUCAGGGGCUAUUCAUAACAAUGCUGCUUCUAGGAAGUAGUUUGGAUAGCAACCUUUAAGGAACAAUCUUGGAAGCUGCUGAAGUUUAAACAUCUGACUCUUAAUGUAAGAAAAAACAGAUUUGCCUUUUUAAGAUGUUUUUUGUGUACGGUGUAGCAUUUCACUGCCUCAGUAAAACAAUGACGUGUAAGCUAUUGGGAUAGUUUCUAGAAACUAAUUCAGUAUUAGCUGACAGGGAGCCCAGAUGAAGAUACCAGAAUUGCUCCUCUGUAUUUUUAACUUUCUACAUUGAUUAAAAUACUCUUUCUCAGUGUAUGCACUUAAGAUCAUGCAAGAUAGUAUAACCCCACUGCUUGUCUACAAGUGUUGUAUUCACUCUGCUUCAUGUAGACCAUCUAAAAUUUUGUAUUGCAGUUCCUAGAACUAUCCAUUCAACACAACACUGGGACCAUGAUAAAGUUACUGUUGUUUUUUUUUUACUCUUUUUAGUUCUUUCUAGCUGGAGAAAGGCUCUAGGUCUGUCAACCCAGACAGCUGUAUCAGUUGUGAGCAACUUCCUGCCUGGAUGGGAAAAAAAGUCUCUUAUGAAGCAAAAGAAAUAUAUUAAUUCAAAAGGUAUUCAGUUGGGAAUUAAGUCUGCAUUUCAGAUAAAUGCAACCUGAUUAUUUCACCACUUUCUGAUUAUUUAAUCAUGCAAGAUCAGUUAAAUUCCUUAAUCUGUAAAGCACUUUGUCAUUUGUCCUUUAAAUGAUGACUGGAAUGUACUCUGCUAGCCUCCCUAAGACACUGUAUGACUGUUUCUUCACACAGUGAUUGCUUAAAUUUUGUCUAUUUCAUACCAAAAUUAUUCAAAGAUGCAUUUGUAAUUUUACAGUCAGAAGUACUUUCUCAUAAUUGGCACAGAAUAUUAAUGUUUUUUUGAAUUUUAUACAAAUGUUUGGGUAUUAAUGUGUUGGCAUUUGCUGAAUAUUUGUAAAUCAGCUAGGAAGGAACUAAAUUGGGGGGGGUUGAUUCCUGGCCUUUUAUAUAAAAGCAUGUUUACUGUUUGCCAGGGUAAUAGUAUUAAUCUAAUGAGAGGACUUCAGUACUUGUCCAAAGUGCAUCUGAAUUUAAGCUUAAGGAAAACUGAACAAAUGCUGAUAUUGGUUUAUGUGGAUCUGAUGUUAAGCUAAUGAUUUAAUUGAAUUUAAUGAAAUUCUGGUUUGGUUUUUAGAUUUUUUUAAUUCACUGUUUGACAAUGUGCCUUUUUAACUAAAUUGUGUAAAAAAAAAAAAAAAUGAAUGUAGGAAUAUAAAGCUGGUUGGUUUCUGCUAUCUCAGAUUUUGUAUCCUUAAAUUUGAGAGUGUGAAAUUACGUACUUUCCAUAAAACCCUUCCAGGUCUGGCUUUGAUUGCACAAUUACAGUAGCUACUUCUUUACUGCUAAUGCUAAAUCAAAUGAAGGGCACUUUCUAUUGAUGACUACUUUUUGAAAAUGUCUUGUAUUUACAUUGGAGCUGUAUUUCACUUCACAGUGAUGUCUUUUGGAGGCCAGGGUUUUGCAUAUCACAGGAAGCCUUAGCGUGCAACUCUGUGCUAUGCUUUAAAAUAAAAAUCUUUCAAGAAGUAUAUGAGAACUCUAUGGAAAUCUGGAUUUAUUUUUGUGUAAAGCCCAAAAUAUUGUCCAGGAAAACUAACUUUCUAUUUUUUUUGCAUUUUGUAACAUAAUCUAGUAGCUGAUGCAUAUUUCUAGAGACAGCAUAUUUCUGGAGACCAAAACAUGUCAAAGAAAAUAAAUAUAUGGAGAGAUUGGUGUUUAAAUUGUGAUGAAUGUACUUGUAUUUAUUUUGGUGAGUGGGUGUGACGAAAUAUUAAAGUUUUAACGUGUAAAUAAGGGUGCUUCUAGUUUUAGCCAAUGUUGUGGGUUUUUUUCCUUUGGGGAUAUUUGUGCACAAUGUCUUUUUACACAAUGUGACAAAUCAGGUUAAAAACUCGUACGUAGCUUAACUGUUUUCUGGUGCUGUCAAGAAAGUGUAUACUUUUGCACACACCAAAUGCAUCUAAGUUUUGCUGAGUAUGUAUCCAAUAAAUUACAGGCAUUAAACAUUUUA